UCGGGGACAGUCGUAUCAACGCCUCCCGAACGGCUAAUUCCGAAAUUGAAUUUCGCGUAUGAAUUUGUAAAAACGGACGCUCAUCAACCGUCAACGGUUUCGAGGCAAAUAACUGUUAAAUCGAAAACCAGUGCCAGUGAUUUUAGUGUUAUUUAGUGCCUGAAAUGUUAGUUGUUGGAUACUUCAGUGAAGCAAAAUGUUUGCAAGAUGGCGAGAAGGCGAGCUGAAUCUAAUCGAUGACCAUUGUAGCGGUAAAUCAAAAAUAAAAAUAAAAACAUGACGAAAUAUGUUUCCACCCAGCCGGUUGCACACAGCUCGGACUGAGGCCGAUGCAAUGCGUCAAUACGACUGUAGAACGCGCGCCAAACGAAAAACUAAAACCAUACUCAAUUCAUAUUACAUCGUGCUUUUAUUUCUAAUACAAUCAGUUAAUUCGAACACAACAAACAUGAAUCGGCACAGUGACGAACAAAACGACGCACCUAAUGAAGACUAUGAUCACGAUACGGAAAGUUUUAAAGUCAAUUUCGAUAACCCUUAUUAUAAUAGUGAAGAUUUCCUCAAUAAAUUCUAUGGACACGAGAAUUCGUAUAGCAACUAUGGUGAUUAUAAACGAUAUUAUUUGAAUCCAUCUAAUCCUAUACCAAAGACAAAGGUGAAAUUUAAAAUUAGCAGUAGGAUAGUUCAAACGAAGUAUGGAAAGUUACAGGGCAUAGUGUUGGCUAUGGACGAACAUAGGUUCCUAAGUCCGCUAGAAGUGUUCCUAGGUGUUCCUUAUGCAACUCCUCCUGUGGGAUCCAAUAGGUUCAGUCCAACGCGAACACCGUCACCCUGGGAAGGUGUUCGAGUAUCAGACAGACCUGGUCCAGCGUGUCCACAGAAGAUUCCAGACUUGAACGACGAGAGGAUCUUUCUAGAAAAAAUGCCCAAGGGAAGAUUAGAAUAUAUCAAAAGACUGAUACCGUAUCUUAAGAAUCAAAGCGAGGACUGUCUUUAUUUAAACAUAUUUGCACCGUUACAGAUGGACGAAACAAAGAUAGCGCUGCCCGUCAUAGUGUACAUUCAUGGAGAGAGUUACUCGUGGAGUUCCAGCAAUCCAUAUGAUGGCGCUGUGCUGGCCAGUUACACUGACCUCGUCGUGGUUACAUUGAACUUCAGAUUGGGGGUUCUUGGGUUCUUGAACGCGAAUCCUGCACCACAUCUGAAAGCGCGGGUCGCCAACUACGGCCUAAUGGACCAAAUAGCUGCGUUACACUGGGUACAGCAGAACAUCGCUCUAUUUGGCGGUGACCCAACCAAUAUCACUCUUAUGGGUCACGGGUCAGGGGCGGCUUGCAUCAAUUUUCUGAUGAUAUCGCCUACUGUUAUGCCAGGUCUAUUCCAUAGAGCGAUACUUCUGUCUGGCUCUGCGCUGAGCUCUUGGGCCAUUGUAGACGACCCCGUUUAUUAUUCACUAAAACUAGCGAAGCACAUGAAUUGCUCAAUACCAGAAGACCUUGCAAAGGACCAUGAAGUCAUCGUUGAUUGUCUACGAGAUGCAACAAUAGAUGAACUACUGUCUGUGGACAUAUCAGCGCCGAAUUUCCUAACCGCCUUCGGGCCGUCUGUGGACGGUGUGGUGAUAAAAACCGAUUUUGCAAAGGACUUCCUGACGGUCCACGGUUCUGGAGACUUUCCCAGCUUCGGCCCGUUAAAUAACAUGAUCCCAAACGUGCAUACCAAGAGGAGUGACAGCGGGAGAAGAUUGUUCCAGAACAAAUAUGAUUUGCUGUUCGGCGUAGUGACUUGCGAAGCGCUUUGGAAGUUUUCAGCGAAUGAUAUACAGAAUGGCAUCGAGCCAGACCGGCGGGAUCGGAUGUUGAGGACAUACGUGAGAAAUUCAUACACAUAUCACUUAAGCGAGAUUUUCUACACAAUUGUGAACGAAUACACGGACUGGGAGAAAACGAACCCCAUAAACACAAGGGACGCUACAGUAUCAGCUAUAUCAGACGCGCAGUAUGUUGCUCCCCUGGUCCAGAGCGGGGACCUCCUCAGCGGAGGUCCGAAGCCAGCAACCAGCGAUGAGGAAGGACCCGGCCGACCCACUAGAACCUUCUUCUAUGUGUUCGACUAUCAGACUAAGGAUGGGAAUUAUCCUCAGAGAAUGGGUGCGGUGCACGGAGAAGAGUUGCCGUAUGUGUUUGGGGCACCGCUAGUCCAAGGGUUUGGACAUUUCCCACAAAACUACACGAAGUCUGAGGUCGCUCUGGCGGAGUCCAUGAUGCUGUAUGUCGCGAACUUCGCUAAGACCGGGAAUCCCAAUGAUAACACGCGGCAAGAGGCUCUCCUACCAGCUUCCAGAGAGAGAAAUAAAUUCCGAGGCAUCGUUUGGGAAGAGUACGAUUCCACGCACCAAAAAUAUCUGGAAAUAGGUGUCAAACCACGUCUCAAGAAUCACUACCGAGCGCACCAGCUCUCAGUAUGGCUCCGCUUAGUCCCAGAGCUCCAUCGUGCUGGUAUGGAAGACGUUGCAACUCGUCACAACCUCUUCAGAAACCACAACGACCAAGAACUUUACGAAGGCAUCGUGAGACCGGAUCCCUUAGCACGCACAGACAAUGAGGUGAGGCGAAACGGUUCCACGUACUCCGACACAGCGCUGACCACCGUUGACACAAUUCUAGCCACCUGCGUUACUAUAGUACCAAGCGGGAGAGACCUACAAACUUACAACAACAGUGAUAAUACCCUAGCCAGUCUAGAAGCUGCAGGUUACGCGGCGUACUCCACGGCGCUAAGCGUCACAAUAGCAAUAGGCUGCUCCCUACUCAUUCUCAACGUUUUAAUAUUCGCUGGCGUGUAUUACCAAAGAGAUAAGUCCAGGUCAAGGGGAAAACAACAACGCUUCAACGAAAAACACUUCGAAACAAUAUCCGGCAAACACUCGCAUUAUCAUAUCGAUCCGACCCUCGCCCCUAGUUUGGUAGUGGAUGUUGAGCGGCAGAAUAGAAAGAAAAUGGAUCAGAGCCUCUCCAAUUUGAACUUUAAGGGUCCGUUAGAUGGGAAGUCGCCUAGUCCGACCUUGAGUAUUGAUAACAUGAUGUUGCCCAGUAAAUUAGGGAGUAGGAAUAGCAGUUUUCGAUUGCCUAAUGCGUACCAGGGUUAUGCGACGUUGCCGAAAAAUAUGGGCCAUAACGGAGAGAGGCAUUUUGGUAAUGGUUCUGGGUCUCCGAGGGAAGAAAGGGUGGCUCACGCUACUUUAAGGCGGGGUAAGAUGCAUCCUCAGAACUUGCCGCAAGCGGCCAUUGAUGAGAUGAGGGUGUGACAGAGUACCUGUACAUAGAGGCAGUGUGUAACAUUGCGGGAAUAGAUGUGGAAUAUGUAAAUAAUGAAAGUGUGUAUUAAUCUGUAUUAUGAUGAAUAAAGUA